AUGAGCCUGAAGCCACCUGCAAAUCUGCAUCUGAAGCCAACUUCAAAUCAGAGAGUCACACAAUGUUCCCUGAUACUGUGCACCAGGAACAGCACUGUGCUAGUGCAACCACUGAUUAUGACGGCGACCAAUGGUCGUCUACGGCAGAACCUUAUUCCCAGUCUCUGUGCUCAGCCAGUGGUGACUUCUGCGCCAGAACUUUUGCUUCUACAAGUUGUCCAGUUCUGGGAUCAUCAGUUGCAUCAUUUGAACCAGAAAACUGCUCAUUUGCUUCAAUGUUUCUUGGGGGUGACACCCCCCGUUUGCUACAGCUGGGAUGCCACAGCUUUUGCUUCUCGCUCGGCACUUCCUGCACAAUUCAGUGCUCCUCUGACAGCAUCUCCCCCAUCCCAACAUCCCCCGGGUACAGACUCCGGCAUCAACAGCUCUGGCAUCCACAGCUCCGGCGCAUUCUGCCUGAGCAGCCCAGGGUCUCCCAUUGCAUCUCCUCCCCCCACUACAGCACCUGCUGAUGCAGCUCCUAAACCCAAUCUGGCAUCUUGUGAUGCAGCUCUUAUGCCCUGUCCAGCACCUCCCACUCCAGUGCCUCCUGCUCUGCCACCUCCACACGGUGUGGUGCCUCUGCCCGAUGUAGUGUCUCUGCCCGAUGUGAUGCCUCUGUCUGAAAUGGCGCCUCCACCCUAUGCAGCACCACUGGUUCUUGUGUUCACAGUGUCCAUCAUCACCAUCCUGGUGGCUGCUGUGCCUCUGCCUCCAGUACCAGUGGCUCCUGCACUGCAGCUGACCCAGACCACGCCGUCCUGCAUCCAACCUGCUCCUGACCUUCCAGUGCCCUCAGUGCCAUCUACUCCAUGGUCUUCCUUGCUCCUUUUUGCUGCUGCAAUAGUUCAUCCAUCUUCUGCUUCUGCUACUCCAAGCUUGUCUCCUACUGAUGCAUUAUCUGUUCUGCCCUUCAUCACAGCCCUCUCUGGUGGCCUUGCACCCUUCCCUGCACCUCCUGUGUGUCGCUCAUCCAGGCCUCCUCUCCAUCAUCCUUCACCUUAA